CGCGCGAUGGCGCCCGGCGCGGCGUCCGGCGACGAGAUCUCCGCGAGCGCGCUCGUGCGCGUCGCGUGCGCGAGCACGGUGGCGUGCAUCGUCACCACCUACGCGUUCGCGACGUCGCAGAGCGCGAUCGCGACGAACGUGUUCCCGAUCAUCUCCGAGACGUUCACGGGGACGCCGCAGAGCGCGGUGAGCGAAUUCGCGCUGGGAUUCGCGUCGUGGGUGCUGUUCUUCAUGGUGGCGGUCGUGAAGGUAUAUUUGGAUCGAUACGCGACGAGCGAUGCGCGAUGGCGCGCGCACGGGCGAAGGAGCGCGCGAGUGGGGUACGUGGCGGCGAUAUGCUUGGCGCUGACGGCGGCGAUAAACUAUGGGGAAUCGUUCGGCGCGCACGUGACGGCGGCGUUUGGAUUCUUGUUCGCGCUGUGGAUAUGGCUCGCGUGCGUCGUCGCGCAGUUGAGAAAACACGAAGACGCGGUGAGUCGAUUCAGCAUGCGCGCGAAAGUCGCGGGAUUGGCGUUCGCGGGAUUGGGCGUCGGCGGAUUCACCGCGCUCUCGGCGCUCGUGGGCAAGGACGAGAGCCGGACGGCGUAUUCGCUCAUAGGUUUUUGCGAGUGGCUCGCCGUGCUCGCCUUAGUGGCCGCGUGUUACACCAUGGCGUGGGAUUUAGACGCCAAGGGCGUGUCGAUCAGGGUGUGCUUCGACGAGGAGAGCCCGCCUCGUUCCGAGCAACCGGCGUAGACGUGUACGAUAAAGCGCGCGACAAACCUACCCCUGCUUUCUCGCCCCGCAC